AUGGAGGAAGACACAUUCCUGGUGUUAACUUUCGCGACGUCCCUGCUUAGCAUACAAUGCCGUCCCCAGUCGAUACACUUCUUCCCCUAUCGACCGGCAGAGCUUCCAGCAGCGCCAUAUACAUACCCUGCACAUGGGUUUCCGAUCGCGGGUCGGCAAUAUAGUCUACUACCAGUGUCAGUGCCCUUCCCGACCGGUCCAUACCCACCUGGGCCGAUACAAAUCGGCCGGGGUACUUUGUCGGGGGCAGCACUGGAAGAGAAAUCGUCAGAGAUGCUACAAGAACCUAGUGCAAUAAAAACGCAAACAAAAAACAAACCCGCACGGAGUAAGAAACCAAAGCGGGUUAUGAACGCACCCUUCGUACAGGCUCUUCAACAAGCUGAUGGGCAAUUUAAGGUGCAAAAGUACUCGCUGGAAUCGUCAGAAGUGUUACCCAAAAAUGCUCCCCCGCAAACACUACUACCAACGCAGGAGCAGAACCGAAGGCCAGAAGCUCAGCGAGAACACCCGUCAAGUAAUGCUAACCCAGUUGUAGUGACUGCUACCGGUUCUACGACAGCCGAUGCACCAGUCGAUGGUCGUGUACCGGUGGCACCGACCGUCUCUGAGUACUAUCCCUUCUACGGUUAUCCGAUGACCGACAAUCGAGAGGAGGCAUCCCUCAUACUGGAACCCUCGUCGAAGGCCAUCUCCGGCAAUGGAGGUACCGCCAUCUCGACACCCGUCUCACACGCCAUCCUGAAGCAGGGCAGCAGAUCGAAGAUUCUGUUCCGGCCCCAAUCGGUUGCAAUCGUCGGUGCGAACGGGCGUGCCCACGCACAGGCCGAUCUGAUUGUCGAUUACGUGAAUCCGGAGCAUCGUACCGCUACCGAUGUGCUAAAGCUGCCCUUCUAUGGUGGCGCCCGUGGCCAGAUUCUGGAGAUACGCAAAAACAGCGACGGUACAGUGGUGAGCAAGAUACUUCGCGGCGAUGAUGAAGACAUGGAGCUGAAGGUGCAGCAGGUAGCGGACGAACCGACCCCAGUCAAACAGCUGUCCAACGAGCAGACGCUGGAGGCGAGUGACGAGGACCUGAAAGGGACGGAUCAAUCGUUCGGCGACUAUCUGCUGAAGAUACAAAAUGCGGCCGCAUCGCUCGUAUCGCUGCAGGAAACUGUGAAGAAAACGGGCAAACUUUCCCCGGACCAGCGCAGGGUGUACACGGAUAACCUGGAGAAGCUUGGCGUUGCCGCUCAGAAGCUGGCCCACAUCCAACAAGCGGAUGACGAUCAGGACGCGAUACGGUUCCUGUUUGAUUUAUCUGCUUUGACAGCCAACUACGAAACCACUUCGUCUGGAGACUCGCAAAAGAAGAAGGUGUCGGGAAGUAAAAUUACUUCCUUCCCGGGAUACAAGGGCAAGGAAGAAAACAAAAAGAAGGAAGAGGAGGAGAAUGUCGGUGAGGAUAGUUCCAGUGGGGACUCGGUGCAGGUGGAGACACAGGAGAAGGAGUCUUCCAUUGCCGAAGCGAAACCUGUGGGUCUUGCCAUCGCUGGUGAGGGAGGCGUUGCGUCGUCUAAACCGGUGGCAACGGCCGUUGUUGGAGACGGUGGUCUUGCAGUAGCUCGCCCUGUAGCGACUGCCAUCGCUGGUAUUAAACCGAGUGAGUUGGGCAACCUGGGGCUCCCAAUCUCGGUCAACAAGAAGGUGCUGACGAAGGGAAAGUACGGACUCGUUGCUGCUGGUGAUGAAGCUGCCGGAGGAGUUCUCGUUGGGCCUGACUUUGAGGCACGUGUAGCACCGAAAGAGAUCGAAGCCGAGAUCGAAGACAAUCGCCAGCAGGCGAUGGCUAACUUUGAUACGGAGAAGUUUUUGGCCAACCUGCGGCUGAAGACGGCUCCAAGUCCUACUCCAAUCCCAAGUGCAGCACAACCGUUGGGCUCGUAUCAACCGGCUUCGUACCUGCAGCAGACCGUGCCGUACAUGUCAGACUAUGGCGUUAGCCAGAAUGCUUACCCGGUGUACACGCCAAUCAUUCCGUACUAUAGCUGGUCGCCCGGAUACUAUCAACCGUACCAAUCGACUCUGAAUGCACUGACCGCCUACCAGCUAGCAGCCCUGCAAUCUGCCCAGUACAAUCCGUAUCUUUACGGUGGCUAUCAGCAGACACAGCUGCCACAGUCCAUCGGAACGCAGAACCCCUUUCAGCAGUAUGACUAUCCUCAGCGAGCCCUCUACAACCCGACGCCAGUUGUCAGCGCGGCUUCUGCCUACCCGAACUAUAACAAUUAUGCAUCCUUCAGCAACCCUUCGCCAUACCGAUUUUUCUACUAUUAG